AUGACUGGUAUGACCACAGAUGGAUGCAGUUGGAGACGUGGAGCGGAGCCAUCCAAGAACCGGAUACAGUACCAAACUCUAAUCCAAAUGGGCUCUUGUGGUCUGGGGCGAGCAUCAAUCAAGUCAGACAGGAUAUCUUCACGGAUCAGCUACCAAAAGAGAAAAUUACUACCACUUUCACUGCAAUGAUUUACCAAUCAGUAACUUAGUUCAUGCUGAUAACGAAUUUUCAGGAAAAUACAAAUACUAGUAACCAUGGAGAUUUUUCUUCAAAUUAAAAAAUAGAGAAUUUAAAAAGAUUCCAGUUUCCAAAGUGAAUCUCUGUCGAAGCUAGGCCUGUUUCAGGAAGGGUCGUCCAUGGAGGCGCUCUACCUGCUCGCCUCCUUGGCCGCUACCCUCGUCACCUCCGCCUUCCAAUCCCUCCUCCUCUUCCUCCGCCUCCUCUUCCAGCGCCGCCAUGACUCCGGCGGUGGGUCCGCCGCCGGCGCCACGAGGCUCUAUGAGGGCCGCGUCCGGCACUCCCGCCGGCGCCCGGCGGCGCACGCUUUCGAGUACCCCGUGCGCUACGCGCUCGUCGACCUCGACCGCCUGCCACUCCCGGACCACCUCUCCGCCGACGAGGCGCGCCGCAUCGCCUCCACCUCCGGCCCCGUGCGUCUCCUGACAAUCCCCAAGAGCGUGGGGUACGAGCAGAACCCGCUAAGCAUUUACUACUGCUACAAUUCUGCAGGACAGGGACAAGAUGGAGAGCUCAGGAUGUGCAUUGCUGAAGUCACAAACACUCCCUGGGGUGAGAGGGUGAUGUUUACCUUCCAACCAGACUCUGAUCUUGUAGCGAAGCCCUUGCAUGUCAGCCCCUUUAUGGAUAUGCUCGGCAACUGGAGUAUUCGUGCUGAUGCCCCUGGGGAUAGCCUUUAUGUUGUCAUAUCAGUUCAGCAUCCAACACUUGGGAACUAUUUCACUGCAGCUCUGCACGCCAAAUUAGUUGGACACACAAGUAAUUCUUUGAGGCUGGCAACCUUCUUCUGGCUGAUGCCACACAAAGUUGCUGCAUGGAUAUACUGGGAGGCCCUCAGACUUUGGCUGAAGAACGUCAAAUUCCUGGACCAUCCCAGGUAUCUGAACAUGAGUUACAGGGAUGAAGCACUGAAGCGCGAUCUCGAGCUCCGUUCCUCAUGCAGCUUCCUUCAGAAACAGAAGGCGAACAACCAAAGAAGCAGCAGCACCGACAAGACGUGUGAAAUCUCCAACCAUCCAGAUAACAAGGGCGACGAGAACAUCAUGAAGAGGUGGUGCGUUUGGAGGGAUGCUCAGUGGCCAUGGUCGUGACAGUGCAAAGGUAUUCCAUUUUGUGUUUAUCGCAGUACCGUCUGAUGCCCCCCACCCUCACCCUGUAUCAUCAAUCAUCAUCAUUUGAUUUGAUUGAUGCGUCAGCAGACACCGCAAGUUGCGAGAGCGCGAUAAUUGACAUUGUCCCUUUCAUGCUCACUAUUAAAGAAGAAGAGAACACUUGUGACAUGUUUUCCUGAAAAGAAACAUUUUCUUCAGUGUGUGCAUCUAGUUUUUGACCAAAUUUUCAUCCCUAUGGAAUGUGCAAGCAGUACAUGUUUAGUCUGCAGUUUCAAAAUGUACAUGUGCCUGAUUGCUUCCAGCUAUAUAAAGUGCCUGAUUCUUAGCAGCUGGCCAGGAAAGACUCCUGCCUGCUAUCUUGAAUUAUCA